CUCCCCUAUCCCACAAUGCCCCUGAGGCUGGCUCCACCCACACCACCGAGAGCGAGAGAGAGACGCUGCGCAUGCCCGGUCUGCCUUCCCGCGAGGUGGUCCCGGGAAGGGGGGAGGGGCCCGGUCACUGACCCGGAAGGAGUUUCCCGCGGCUUCAGCGAGCGCGCGCCACGUCCUUCGGCCGGAAGCGGAAGUGCAGGCCGCGCGGACAGCCCGACUCCCCAGUGCGCCCCGGCCAUGGCCCCGCUCGUCGUCCCCGCGCUGCUGCUGCUGGCGGCCUCGGUCAGCCUGGUCCCCCGGGCAGGCUCCAUCUCCUUCCAGCUCCCCGCCAACUCCAGGAAGUGUCUCCGCGAGGAGAUACACAAAGACGUCCUGGUGACCGGGGAGUAUGAGCUGAGCGAGCAGCCGGGAGGGAGAACGGACCUGAAGGUGACGGAUUCGUCCGGCCACAUCCUGUACUCCAAGGAGGAGGCGAGUAAGGGCAAGUUUGCCUUCACAACCGACGACUAUGACAUGUUUGAGAUCUGCUUCGAGAGCCGCCUUCCUGCAGGCCAUUUCCGAGUUCCCGACCAGCUGAUUAUUCUCAACACCAAACACGGCGUGGAAGCCAAGAACUACGAAGAUAUUGCGAAGGCAGAGAAGCUGAAGCCCCUGGAGGUGGAGCUGCGACGGCUGGAGGACCUCUCCGAAUCCAUUGUCAAUGACUUUGCCUACAUGAAGCAGCGUGAGGAGGAGAUGAGGGACACCAACGAGUCGACCAGCGCCCGAGUCCUGUAUUUCAGCAUCUUUUCCAUGUGCUGCCUCGUCGGCCUGGCAACCUGGCAGGUGUUUUACCUUCGUCGCUUCUUCAAAGCCAAGAAACUGAUUGAGUGAGAGGGUUUGACAGAGGCAGUAGCGAGAGUGUAUUUGUGUGUGUGCACGGGAGAGAGAGAAAUAUUGUGCGCCAGUGUGCAGAGGGGGUGGGUAUUAAUUUCCAAGUGUAUUAAAUGUGGUGCUUCAGCUGUUUGGAUUGAGGGAUGUGGUUUUUUUUUUAAAUUUGUGGCGGUUUUCUGUGAGUCAUUGACCUGUUUCAGAGUCCGGGGGGAGCGGGUGGGGGAAGUCAGUGCUCGAGCUGGGACCCAGGAGCCCGCAAUCAUUGUUCCAGCAGGUUGGGUUACUCCCCGAAGGAUGGGCCGAAAGGCAAACCUUUCGUUAUUUUGUUUUUCCAAAGGCUCAGUAAUGUUUGUUCCAAUUCCUGUUGUCUGUAGCUGACAAUUAGCGGUUGAAUUUAACAGCGCUGUCAGGGGUGGGGGGGGGGGGGGGGUUGAGUUUAGGCUUCUGAUUGGCAAACGGCUUUUAAGAUUCUGAAAACGUAGCACUGUUGCUUUCUCCUCAGCUUGUGGUGGUCUCUGCCAGUUUUCCACACAUCAUCUAUCUGGUGACUGAGAGGGGGUGCUGGUCUCUCAGUGGUUUAUCCCUCUUUAAUGCUGCUGAACGUGGGGCUACUCAGUCAUGCCCACUGAAUGUAAGAGGACCCGGCCCCUAAUCCGUUCCCCUCUGACCUCACAUACUGACUCCUGCCCCCAACUCCUCCCUCCUGAUCCCGGAUCCAUGCCCCUCUGAACCGGCACCUCUUAAAUGGACCUUCCUUGCUUUGGUGAACUGUGACAUGUAUGAGCUGAUGUCUGUUUAUUUGGUCUGUUUCUCACUUUGGAAAUCCCCUCUGCACAUUUUGACUGCAGCCCCACAGGCACUUAAAGGGAGGGAGUCUGACCACGUCCAUCCAGUAUCCAUUCUAGAUGCGGCUAUAGAAAAUUCUGAUGGAACUGUAAGGGAGAGGGCUGAGUUUGGAGCUUUAAAAUGGGCCCUUAACCAUCCAGCGUCUUUUCUUUUCACAAUCCCCAUUGGAGCUGCCUCUGAAGUGUGAAAAAGGGCGGGUGAAUCUGGUUGGUCUGUCGAGCGUCCUGGGGGAGGAGGUUAAUUGAGGGUCCAUUUCACCUCCUUUUGAGUGUCUCCCCCGUUGAUUUAAGUACACUCUCUGAAUUAGCUGCCUGAGCCACUCCACCAUAGUCAGACCCACGUCUUUUGCCACCAUACAGUGCAGGAGAUGGAAAGCCAGGGCUGGUGUGGACUGUGAGCGCCGUCACGUCUGCCUCGAAAGGUCAAGUCAGUGAGGAUGCAGAUCGUGCUGUGUUUGGGCGGGAGGGGAGUGUUCAAAUCAAAUAAUUUAAACUCCUCUUUACCCAGCGGUUAUCUUGUGCUUCCUUCGCUUUCUCCCCCCCCCCCCGCCAAUCUCUGUGCGAAUGACACGGGGUCUGUGUCCUUACAUUGUGGGAGUGACUGGUGAUCUGGGGCCCUCUCCCCGUGAGAGUGAUCAGAGUCUGGUGUCUGUACAGUGUGGGAGUGACUGGUGAUCUGGGGCCCUCUCCCCGUGAGUGACCAGAGUCUGGUGUCCGUACAGUGUGGGAGUGACUGGUGAUCUGGGCCCUCAUCCUGUGAGAGUGACCAGGGCCUGUGACUGACAUUUUGAGCACCCCCUGGAGAGCCCUUUCACUUUACCAACAAAAAAAAAUCAAUGAAUCCUUUGGAAAUCUUUUUUUUGUUUGUGCAGAGGUUUUAAGAAUAAACAGAAUUUGUAAUUGAAA